CUCAGGCCGCUGGGUGCGGGGAGCGCAGAGGCGGUGCAGGGCGGCUGGCUCUCCUCGGCGUGCAGUGCGCGUGCGUGGAGCUGGGAGCUAGGUCCUCGGAGUGGGUCGGAGAUGGCGGCGGCCGACCGGGAUUUGCCGGAGGCGGCGGCUUUAGAGCAACUCGCGGAGCUGCCUGCCUCGGUGCGGGCGAGUAUCGAGCGGAAGCGGCAGCGGGCACUGAUGCUGCGCCAGGCCCGGCUGGCUGCCCGGCCCUACUCGGCGACGGCGGCUGCGGCUACUGGAGGCAUGGCUAAUGUAAAAGCAGCCCCAAAGAUAACUGACACAGGAGGAGGCUUCAUUUUAGAAGAGGAAGAAGAAGAAGAACAGAAAAUUGGAAAAGUUGUUCAUCAACCAGGACCUGUUAUGGAAUUUGAUUAUGUAAUAUGUGAAGAAUGUGGGAAAGAAUUUAUGGAUUCUUAUCUUAUGAACCACUUUGAUUUGCCAACUUGUGAUAACUGCAGAGAUGCUGAUGAUAAACACAAGCUUAUAACUAAAACAGAGGCAAAACAAGAAUAUCUUCUGAAAGACUGUGAUUUAGAAAAAAGAGAGCCACCUCUUAAAUUUAUUGUGAAGAAGAAUCCACAUCAUUCACAAUGGGGUGAUAUGAAACUCUACUUAAAGUUACAGAUUGUGAAGAGGUCUCUUGAAGUUUGGGGUAGUCAAGAAGCAUUAGAAGAAGCAAAGGAAGUCCGACAGGAAAACCGAGAAAAAAUGAAACAGAAGAAAUUUGAUAAAAAAGUAAAAGAAUUGCGGCGAGCAGUAAGAAGCAGCGUGUGGAAAAGGGAGACGAUUGUUCAUCAACAUGAGUACGGACCAGAAGAAAACCUAGAAGAUGAUAUGUACCGGAAGACUUGUACUAUGUGUGGCCAUGAACUGACAUAUGAAAAGAUAGACUCCUAUAGAAAUACAAGUGUCCUCUUCCCUUCUGCUACUUCCCUUGUGCAAACAUGAGGCCGACCCAGAGAUGGUGAACUAUGGGAAGUGAAGUUUGUGGCUUCCUGAACUGGUUCAUCAUGCAGUGUAACAGCACACAAGACACUACCUGCUGCUUCCUCCUCUUCUGCAUUAAUUUGGGCUCAGAAAAAUUUCUGCUCUGCAUUAAUUUGGGCUCAGAAAAAAAAUGAAAUAUCAUCAAGAUAAUGAACUCUGAAUCCUCUCCAGAGUUUCUGGUAUAUUUUCUUUAACUACUUACAAGUUUACACAAAACUUACCCGUUUGUGUUGCCUAGCAAGUUUCUCUUUAGCUUCUUCCAGCUCUUUCUGGAUCUUCAGGACAUGUUUGUUCAUCUUACGAAUUGUAGAGUGCAAAAUUUCCCAAACAAACAAUCUUAAAGAAAUAUGGCAUUUGGUUAUUGUAUGUCAAGCUAUGGUUACAGAAAAUAAAACCUUUCAACUUUUAUAAUUUCAUUCUUAACAACUGAUACAGCCUUCUGUCCUUUGGGCUGAAUUAGUCAUAUUUCUCCAGCAAUACUUAUGAAUUGGUCUUUUAUUGUAAAUUGUGCAAGUAUCUAUCUUCACACCCAUUAGAUUCAGGUGAGUCCCCUGAGGGCAGUACUGUGUAGUCAUUUUUCUUAUUUCCAUCCCUUACCAGAGGUACAUACUCACUGAAUUGAAAUGGCAAACUAUGAUGGACAUUAACAUUAAAAAUAGAAAUACAUUUUUCCUCUCCUAAAUGUAAACACUAUGUGUAGAAAUUUUCUCAAAAUGGUGACCUAACCUGAGACUUAUUUCACAUGCUUCAUACUAUUUAACUAGCACACACUCAGCCAAUUAUUCUCUCGGAAUGUUUAAGAAACUCAUUAGUUGAUAAUAGUUAUCAAUUGAUGGGCUCUAAGAAUGAGAUAAUUAUAUGUCAGCUUUCUUACUAGCAAAUACAUACUAAGAUCACUUUGUGGGUGCUUUAAAAUGUUUGUUGCGUAAAUGUUGUUUUCUUUUUUUCUUUUAAAAAGUAACUUCUCAGCUACUUUUGUGUCUAUAAACUAGGUCUCCUAACCCAGCACAGAAUAGUACAGUUGGCCCUUGAACAAUACAGGUUUGAACUGUGCAGGUCCAUUUACACAUGGGUUUUCUUCCACCUGAGACAGUAAGACCAACCCCUCCUCUUCCUCAGCCUACUCAAUGUGAAGAUAAUGAAGAUGAAGACCCUUAUGAUGAUCCACUCUCACUUCAUGAAUGUUUCCUCUCUUAUGAUUUAUUGUAAGAAUACAGGAUAUAACACAUACAACACAAAUAUGUGUUAAUCGACUACGUUAUCACUAAGGCUUCUGGUCAACAGUAGGCUACUAGUUAAAUUUUCCAUGCAGUUAAAAGUUCCAUGCAGAUUUUUGACUGUGUGGGGGUAGGGUGGGUGGGGCGAAGUCGGUGUCUCUAACCCCUGAUGUUGUUCAAGGGUCAACUGUACUUCCUUCUACAAAUUUUGACCCAAAUAAUAGUUUAAGUAGAAGAUACUAAAACAAUCUGUUCACAAAACUCCAAGUCUAGAAUGUUAGGAAACAGGACAAAAGAACAGAGCACUUUAACUCUGGAGGGGGUGGACUAUAGUCAGGGAAAAGUUUGCAGAGUUACAAAUAUUUGAGCUAGGUGUUAAACAGAUGGAGCUGUUGAGCGCUAUACAGAUUCCAGAAUGCCUGGGUUUGAAUGCCGGCUCUGCGCUUAGUUGUGUGACUUUGGGCAGGAUAAAGCACUCUGUGACACUUCCCUAUUCUGUAAAAUGCGGACAAUAAUGGAACCUCCUCUAUGGUGAUGCGGUAAGGAUAAAACGAAUUGAAAACGUAAAUCACUCAGGACAACGGUUAAAACAUACUCGGGUGGUUAGUUUUCUGAGAGUUU